AUGUCUGUUGAAACCGCUUUGUCUUACGCUGCCUUGAUCUUGGCCGACUCCGAAGUCGAGAUCUCUUCUGAAAAGUUGUUGAGCUUGACCAACGCCGCCAACGUCCCCAUUGAAGGUGUCUGGGCCGACAUCUUCGCCAGAGCCUUGGAAAGCCAGGACUUGAAGAGCUUGUUGGUCAACUUCUCUGCUGGUAGCGCUGCUGCUGCCCCAGUUGCCGGUGGUGCUGCUGCCGCUGCUGGUGGUGACGAGGCCGUCGAGGAAGAGAAGAAGGAGGAAGCCAAGGAGGAAUCCGACGACGACAUGGGAUUCGGUCUGUUCGAUUAA